AAAAGCGUUAGCCAGGUGACUGUCAGCCAGAGUAUGAGCUGUUAGUCACGAAAGUAUCGAUUCACUCAGGCAGUGGGUAAUUAUCUGCAAUUCCUGUCGAUUACUCCUAAUUAAAUUUUAAAUAUAAUUCAACGUCAUGUCUCUACUAAAUUAUAAGCGAUCGAAGAAGAUAUAAUUAAAGAAUGUGCAUUCGUCUGCUAUUUUUGGUAAUAACAUCGUUAAUUACCACUGUUUAUUGCCAAGAUGAUGCAUUAAUUAACAAAGAUGAAGAUUAUUUCAUGCCAUCGCAUAUAACAGUAACAACAUGGAAUGACAUGCCCUUCUCGGGAGUGGAGCACAAGAACGGAAAAUGGAACGGCACCGGAUACGCGUUUUACAUUUUCAAUAUGAUCAGUAAAAAAUUAAACUUCACGUAUGAUAUCGUUCCACCAGAAGAACAUAUCCUGGGCAACGAGAGCAGAGGUGUUCUUGGUUUGCUGCACGAAAAGAAAGUAGACGUGGCCGUCGCAUUCCUUCCUGUGCUACCAGAAACGCGACGAUACUGCAUGUUCAGUGGCCCGCUCGACGAAGCGAAGUUGACGGCUGUAAUGAAGAGGCCCAGAGAAUCGGCCUCUAGUGCCGGUCUCUUGGCACCUUUCGAGAGAACCGUUUGGCUGCUCGUUCUAGCGUCCUUACUUUUCGUGGGACCGGUUAUCUACAUUUUCGCUGUUAUCAGAGCAAAACUGUGGCAUGAUCCGACCUCCGAAAAGUUUAAUUUAUCCUCCUGCCUCUGGUUCGUUUAUAGUUCACUUCUGAAGCAAGGAACUAAUAUCAUAGCUACGACAGACACAACGCGGAUGCUUUUCGCUACUUGGUGGAUUUUUAUUAUGAUUUUAACAUCAUUUUACACAGCGAAUCUUACAGCAUUCCUCACGAAACCGCAGUUCACGUUGCCCAUCAAUUCUCUGCAAGAUAUUGUUCAGAAGGGAUACAGCUGGAUCACUUACAAAGGUCGUAUGAUCGAUCUUCUACUUUCUCAAGGUCGGCAGAACGACUUGAGCCCAUUGAACAUAAGUAGAAAGCAAGGUAAAGGUGCUUUUCGGAACUAUCAGCCGUCGUGGAACAUUUUGGAAUCAGUUGAUGCACAUAAACUCUUUCUAGCAGAUCAACAUUAUCUGCAGACUCUGAUAUUUAAGGAUUACGAGAAUAAAACGCGACAUCAUUCGGAGCAUAACUCGCGUUGCAGAUACGUUAUAAUGCCCAGUGGCAUUCUACUGAUCAGUCGUGCUUUUGGUUUCCCUCACGGAUCAACUAUUAAAGAAGCUAUCAACCAAGCAUUGAUGAGAUUCGUGCAAAUGGGCCUGGUGCAACAGAUAAAGGAAAAGGACCUACCGUUAGCGGAGAUCUGCCCAGUUGACCUGCGAUCCAGCGAAAGGCAAUUGCGAAACACGGAUCUUCAUUUAACAUAUUUAAUCGUAAUCGGCGGAUAUGCGAUAGCUGCAGUUACAUUUUUGCUUGAGUCAAUUUUCGCGACCGUGUUGCGUUUAGUAAAAAGGAAAAGGGAAAAAGCGCGCAAUGAUCUAAUUCUUAAAGAUAAUCCACGGCAUCCUUUGAACACCGGUACUGCGAUAGAGGUAAAUUACAUGAACAUGUUAAAGAGGACCUCGCCAGUGAUUUAUCCAGGACCCGGUAAUGUUUCAAUGGAAAGGAAACAAAUAAUCAAUGGAAGGAGUUACAACAUAGUCAUUGAUCGGGACGGAGAUCGAAGGUUGAUUCCGAUUAGGACCCCGUCCGCUUUUUUAUUUCAGUAUGCGGCUUAAUUGAUUUGUUGAUUUACAGCACAUAUGGGCAACCCCCGACUCGUGCGUGGCCCAUUACAUUUUUUGAUCCAGCUCUAUAAUUCUAUAUCUAGAUAUAGUAAUGUAUUUAUAAAUAAAUGUAAUAUUCAACAGUAAACUAUUUUGAUUCAUCUAAUAUUAAUACAUUUAAAAAUGUAUACUCGAUUUUCAUCAAUUAUGUAUCACGAAAGCAGUUGAAAACUGAGGAUGGAGAAUUGAGUAAAAAACCAUUAAGAAUUCGAGAACUGAGAACUGAGAAACGACUAUAAAUUCGGGGCUUAAACCAUAAUCUCCGAUCCCUUCUCGAUUAUUUUUAGAAAUUAUAUAUAUUUAAGUAAAAUGUCAAAUAUCGAACUUCUCAUAAAAUGUAAUAUUCCUUUC